AUGCCGUUUGAUUUCUCUGGAAAAAACGUGUUGGUGACAGGCGCAACGCGCGGCAUGGGUCGUCUGCUUACGAAGUGUUUAUCGUCUGCCGGGGCGGAAGUGUAUGGCCUAGGAAGUAAUCGACAACUUCUGGAUACCUUGAAAGUGGAAUGCGAAAAUGUACACACUGUUCAUGUCGAUUUAGCUGAUUGGAAGGCUACCCGAAAAACAUUAGAACAACUUCCGGCGAUGAACGGCCUUGUAAACAACGCUGGUGUUUCUUUACACUGGGUGACUUCACUUGAAGCGGGCAAGGACGUCAUUGAUAAAACGUUCGCCGUUAACGUCAUGGCAGCUGUGAACGUAACGCAAGUAGUCGGAAAGAAGAUGGUAGCGGCUGGAAAAGGAGGGUCAAUCGUGAAUGUAUCUAGUGUCAACGGACUUAACCCGAAUGUAUGGCGUACAAUAUGUCAAAGGCCGCAUGAUGACAAAACAAUUCGCUCUGGAGCUUGGACCUCACAAGAUAAGGGUGAACUCAGUCAAUCCGACAGUCGCACUUACUGA